AGCAGUGGUUACUUAUUACAGUAUAAAUUACAGCAUAGGAUCUGGACAAGGAUCUGUAUAAAUACCUGAAUCUCUCGUUCACUUCAGACGGUCAGUCAGGAGCUAGUGAAAGCAUGGCAGCAUCCCCACUCUGUAUCUCUGUGCUGUUGCUGCUGCAGAUUCAGCUGCUUAUCGUGCGAGAAGCUCAAUCCCUGGAGCCUCCAGCCCUCAGCUGCCCUGCCCUCGCUGGCAUACCUGGCACCCCUGGGCACAACGGCCUCCCUGGCAAAGAUGGAAGAGAUGGGAAAGAUGGCAGAGAGGGAGCUCCUGGACCCAAGGGGGACAAAGGAGAUCUUGGAGUGGGAGUGCAGGGCCCUCCAGGAGAAAUGGGUCCAGCUGGUCCAGUGGGUCCACCUGGCCCAAAGGGGGACAGAGGGGAUCCAGGAGCAUCGGGGACACUGGCCAAUGACAGCUUGCUCAUAUCAGAGAUCCUGGCUCUCAGAGGAAGACUUUCUCUACUAGAAAAAGCCUCAGGUUACCGCACUUUCCGAAAGGUUGGGCUGAAGUACUAUGUGACUGAUGGGCUUCUGGCCACUUUUGAUGAGGGCCUGAAGUUCUGCUCAGAUGCUGCAGCCACACUUGUGCUGCCAAGAACAGAAGAGGAAAACCAAGCGCUAGCCAAUGUGCAUGCAGUUUAUCCUUCCACUCACCCAUUCAUUGGAGCAACAGACAGGAAGCAGGAGGGGCGAUUUUCAGACUUAAAUGGCAAACUGUUAACUUUCACUAAGUGGGGCAGUGGUGAGCCAGGUAACAGUAAUGACAAUGAGGAUUGUGUUGUUACUUAUUUGUCAAGCACAUGGCAUGAUGUCAACUGUGACUCUGAUUUUCUAAUCGUAUGUGAAAUUACAAACUGAAGAGAAAUAUUACAACAAUUAUUUCCAAUCAUGGCAAAAGCAUCAAAAUAAUGAAAGAAUGAAUAAUUGGAAAAUGUUUUAUCCUCACGAAAAUGAAAUUCUUUCCAAUCAUGGCAAAAACAUUAAAAUAAUGUGAGUAUCCUAAUUUUCAAGUUCAAUAUGGGAACAUCCAUCAACAUUUUAAAAUACUUUUAUCCUUUAUAUUGGAGUGUGGACAACUCCAGCUUCAGAAAGUAAAGGUCCUUUAAUGAAUUUCCUCUGCCUUUGGUGAUAUCACUAAUCAGCUUAUCUACCUGGCUGAAUAGUUUUGCAAAUUAGGAACAGCUCUUUAAGUGAAUGGUUGGAAAAAAAUAUGUUGUAGGACUUAAAGUUUCAUUUAAUUCAGCACAAUGAAAAUUCAAACUAAUGAAGCCAUUAUUUGAGGGUAAAAGAAUUGAACUGUGUUGCUAUAAUCCAUUUGUAAAUAUACAAUCUCUCAGGGGCUACUACAGGGCACAUAAACAAGGAAACAAGGAAACGACUUACAAGAAGAGUAACAGAAAUAAUGUGAAUAGAUAAGCUGUUAUCUUAUUUUAUCACCACAGACUGAAAUAAACAGAGAGGGAGAGCCAGCAUGUUUAUCGGAAUGAAUCAAUGCCAGUGAAACAAGAACAAUAAAAGCAGCCACUAGUUUUGUCUAAAAGGUUAAAAAAUAAAUAAAUAAAUAAAAAAUAACCAUCUGAUCUCAAACUGUAAAUUUACCCAGCACUCUCUCUGCUCAGAUACAGUGACAGAGUAAAUAAAUCGUUUGCACGGCAAAGCAUGACGACCUCGGACCUCGCAGCUCGCAAAGAAUACAGCACUGAACCAGUAUGGAAAAUGUCACCUCAUUUGAACCUCGUCUUCUGGUGACUCUUGGAUUAUUUCUUAAUGGUCAAAUGACUUUAAUGCUGUCAUCCCUCCCCACUUUCAGACAGAAUUUUCUAUCAUUGCCCUAACAUAGUAUUUGAUAAUACAUGCAAGUUUAAGCUAAGCAUGUGUUUGUAUUCUACAUGAUAUUAAGUAAGUCUGUAAAAAAAUACGAUGCGCUCGAUCCUGCACAUUCUCUCCACAAAGAUAAAUCAUGCUUUUAAAUUUG